GGUUAGUUAAGAAAGCCAGGUAUAGGAACUAGAAGCAUCUGUGAACAUCGAGCUGCGAGAUCCAGCGAGAUCGCGCACGAUGAGGUUUCCUCCUAACCACCCCGUCCGAGUGAUGGGAUCGAUGCGGUUGCCAUGACGACGGAACCGUCAGAGAGGCCGAAUCGCGUGCGGAUGACGGCUGCUGCUGGCGAGCAGGCGGACGAGCGGACGGGGGUAUCAGCGGCGCGCACGACGAUGCAGUGGCGACGUCGCCACCGUUGAGAGCUCGCGUACGGCUCUCGGAGGCGAUCUCGUUUAUACUGCCUCGUCCGCUGGCCGGACCGAUCCCUCUUCCCCGAGGCAGCGGGCACCGCGCGUUCGCCUUUGCACGACGCUGUUCCGGGACGACGAGCGACCGCGCCAUGCGGCGGCGGUGUCGGGCUCGUCGCACCAGGACACCGACACGUACGGAGCGCGGUGUCAGGACGACAAGAGGAUGCCCGACGGACCCGAUACGCCACAUCUGGACGAGACGUCGGCCAAAGUCCUGCUGCUGCGACGAUGGAGCGAAAUGCCGCGGCACCUUCAAUUUAAUCCCCACAUCCUCACCGGCUACAGACCGCUCAUGACCAUCCGCCAGUGCCUCGGUAGCCUUUUCUACAUCCACAACGAGACCGUCAACAUCCUGACGCACGGAUUUGCUAUCCUGUACAUGUUGGUGACUGUACCACAUCUACUUCCAUGGAAUACAAAAGGGACACUCGUGGGAGUUCUUUCCUGGUGCCAUUUUAUCGGUGCUGUUAGUCCGUGGAUUGGAUCCUUCCUAUAUCAUCUCUUCAUGAACGUAAACUACGACGAAGUUCUCUACAGAACACUGUUGAAAGUCGACAUGAUUGGCAUAUGGCUGUGCCAGAGUUUCGGAGCUAUACCGAUGAUGGCAGCCGCUGUUCAUUGCCUUGCGGAUAAUGUCUGGUAUUGCUGCAUUUUUAUUUAUUGCUCUCUUAGUAUGUGGGGACUUUUAAAGGCAAUGACUGCUAAAUCACCCUGGGAAAGACGUUUAUGUUUUGCCCCUCCUUUCCUAAUGAGAAUGUUGAUCAUGAUGUUAAGAUGUUUCGAUAUUGGUGGCGGAUCACCUGAGGCUCUUAUUCAUAUAAUAUUACAGGAUCUCAUAGCUGUGAUAGGUGCAACCAUUGGCGCUCUUCGCAUUCCAGAGAAAUGGAUUCCCGGCCGAUUGGAUUUAGUGCUGAAUUCUCAUAAUGUGAUGCAUGUAAUGGUCGUCCUAGCGGUAUGUUCUAUGCAUUCCGCAACCUUAAAGGAUCUCGCCUGGAUGUCUGAUCCGUUUACGUGCAAUAAAACAAGCUCUCUUCCUUCGGAUCGCGAAGAAUUGUGAUUGAAUCAUGAAGAACGCGACGGCUUGCUGCAGUCUGUGAUAAACCGAGCCUAUAACAACUGGCGAUUAGUCGAGCGUUUCGACAUUUGGAGACCAGAAAGUGCUGAAUUCUAUAAUAUAAAUUUAAGGAUAUUGAAAAAAAUAUAUAUAUAUAUACAUAUUAUAUAUAUAUUACAGAGUUUAUAUAAUACAGAGUUAUUUAAUUUAUGUAAUUAUUGCGGGACGGUUUAGGUACAAUCAUGAGUACAAAGUAUGUACGGUUACUUAUCAUAUCGAAUGCUUAAAUAAUGGGAUAUUUGUGGAGUUUUUCUGCAAAUACAUAAAUAAGCAAGGUAAAAUUGGAAAUUGACGGGUAUGAUGCGAGAA